CAGCCAUUGACUGACUCUAAAUAUUCACAGUCUACACAGGACAGAGGCUCACAUUCAGUACGCACAUUAAACCACGCUGAAAAUGGAGUAAAAACACAUACAAAGUCCAGGUUAUGACUCUGCCAGGAGAGAAGUGUUGCUGAGAGAGAAUGAGCAUUUGUUACAGAGAGGGAGGUCGUUGUGCAGAGAUGGCUAUGGUAUGCCUGACAGAUUUUGAGCAGUAUGCUAAGGAGCAUCUGUCAAAGGCCACCUGGGAUUAUUAUGCGGCUGGAGCUGAUGAAUGCUGCACCAGGGAUGAUAAUCUACUGGCUUACAAAAGAAUCAGGCUAAGGCCACGGAUCCUCAGGGAUGUAUCAGUGAGUGACACUCGGACCACAGUCCAGGGGACAGAAAUCAGCUUCCCAGUUGGAAUUGCACCGACUGCUUUUCACUGCCUGGCCUGGCAUGAAGGAGAGGUGGCUACAGCCCGGGCCACCGAGGCUCUCAACACCUGCUACAUCACCAGCACUUACUCCACCUGCUCAGUGGAGGAGAUUGUAGCAGCAGCACCAAACGGAUACCGCUGGUUCCAGUUGUAUGUGUACCGGGACCGUAAGCUGUCAGAGCAGAUUGUGCACCGUGUCGAGGCUCUCGGCUACAAGGCCCUGGUCCUCACAGUCGAUGUGCCCUAUACGGGAAAACGUCGCGACGACAUCCGCAAUCAGUUCAAGCUGCCACCACACCUCAAAGUCAAGAACUUUGAUGGAGUGUUCCAGCAGGAGACUGGAGGCCCAGAGGAGUAUGGGAUCCCAGCCAACACCUUGGAUCCCUCCAUCAGUUGGAAGGACGUGUACUGGCUGCAGUCCAUCACCCGCCUGCCUAUUAUCAUCAAGGGUAUCCUGACUAAAGAGGACGCUGAGCUGGCUGUAGAGCACGGCGUCCAGGGCAUCAUUGUAUCAAACCACGGGGGUAGGCAGCUGGACGGAGGCCCGGCCUCGAUUGAUGCGCUGUCAGAGAUCGUGGACACAGUCCAGGGCAGGAUCGAGGUCUACGUGGAUGGAGGAAUAAGGACAGGAAGUGAUGUGCUGAAAGCGCUGGCGCUGGGAGCCAAGUGUGUGUUCAUUGGCCGACCAGCAGUGUGGGGUCUUGCAUACAAGGGUGAAGAAGGAGUGAGGGAAGUGCUACAAAUCUUAAAUGACGAGUUUCGUUUGUCCAUGGCUUUAUCGGGUUGCAGGAAUGUGGCUGAAAUCAACAGGAACCUCAUUCAGUUCUCUAAACUCUAAGACACCAGCAGAGGGCAGCACUAAUGAAAAAACAGGACUCACUACUGGACCAGGCAAAUUGUCAAAGACCACAUCACGAAAAAGAAACUGAAGACAUUUGCUUCUUUAUCAUGAAACGGAAGCAAAAAACAUGCAAUUCAUAUUCUGAACUUAUUUAAUUUGGAAUGCCUUUAUAACGAUGUCUGACAUCCAAGACGUGUUCAUGAAAGAGUGUACGAGUGUAAGAAAGGUGAGGGUGGUGAAAGUGAGUUUGGUGGCAAAUUUGGUCAGUGAAUAACAAAUGUAUUUUUGCAUUUGGUUUGGAGGGGGUGGAGGUACUUUGUAAAAGUCUGGCUUUCUGGGGGGUUGAUUGUAAUAAGUACAAUACACGUCAGUUCGUGGUUGAAUAAAAGCCUGCUGAGGUGAUGAAGA